AUGGUCCCCGGAUUGGCAAAAACGGAAUGCAACCGGAAUCCGGUUUGUUUGGCACAAGCCCAUUGCCAAACAAUUGUUUGUUUGGCAACGGCUUUCACGCUCGUCCAAACACAACCCUCUCUCCUCCCACCACCACCAACCUCUACUCCCACCACCACCAUCGUCCCCGCUCCUCGUAAACGCGCGCCCGCUACCCACCCACGCCACGUCACCACGGUCACCUGUGGCCACCACCGCCCACAAACGUCGUCGACCGCCAACAACAACCACGUCAACAACAACGCGGCAACGCCACGUCAGCAAGCAAACGAGCCCCGGCGAGGUCGAGGCGACGAAAACGGACCGCGAGGGACGACCACGUCAACACACGACCACCAUGACCACGCCCACGGACCACGACACGCCCCACGACGUCAACGGACGGCCACGUCAACAGACGCCAACGCCAACAACGACACGAACACGCAAACGGACGCCCACGUCAACGCACCACCACCACGUCGACAGACGAUGACCACGCCAGCGGACGCCCACGUCAACGCACCACCACCACGUCGACGGACGAUGACCACGCCAACGGACACCCACAUCAACGCACGACGACGGCCCCCGCCGAUGGGAAACCAAGGUGCCACGUCGCUGUCAGCGACGUGGCAACCAAACGACGAACGACGACGACGAUGUCGUCGUUCUCGUCGUCGUUCGUCGUUCACACAAAGAUACUCUGAUCAGAGCAUGUGGGGGAGGGUAAAGUACUGCUAUUUAUGGUGGAUUGUGGUCUUAUUCAACUGGAUUCCGCUGGAUUCCGCAGGACUCUGGUGGAUUCCGCAGGACUCCAGUGGAUUCCACUGGAUUCCGGUCCCAUUCCUGUGGAUUCCGCUGGAGUCCGGUCCCAUUCCACCGGAAUCCGCAGGAAUGACCGGAGUCCGACAGGAAUAG